AUGCCACCUGCGGCCAGGUCCUUAACCCCUUCCUACCCUCCUAAGGGCGGCACAAUCACAGCGGGCAAAAAACAGCGGCAAAAAACACCCCUCGGUUGCGGCACAGCAUCCGCCGACCCACUUACCGUCUUAGGGCCCCUGGGCAACAAUAGACUCUUCAGACGCACGGUUCUCGGGUUACGGGAUGCGCCAGGUACCGAAGGGUGUAACGAGAUACCCAGGGUACCGGACCGGGUACAGGUAGGGUAUGACACUAUGCAAAAUGCCCUGCACUCCAUAUACAUAAUGUAG